AUGCCCAUUCCCAAGAAGUUUCGUAUGCCCGAUAUACCAAAGUACAACAGGACAACGGACCCUAACGAAUAUAUUACUUCAUACACUUGUGGAAUUAAAGGAAAUGACUUGAAUGAUGACGAAACUGAGUCAGUAUUGUUAAGAAGGUUUGGAGAAACACUAUCAAAAAGGGCUAUGAUCUGGUAUCAUAACUUGGCUCCUAACUCCAUUAAUUCAUUUGCUAUGUUGGAGGAUGCCUUCGUGAAAUCACACGCCGGGGCCAUAAAGGUGGCCACAAGAAAAUCGAAUGUAUUCAAGAUAAAGCAAAGGGACGACGGAAUGCUAAGGGAGUUCGUGUCCCGGUUUCAGAUGGAAAGGAAGGAAUUACCCCCAGUCUCCGAUGUUUGGGCAGUUCAGACCUUCAUGCAAGCUGUGACAUGGUCGGAUGUGGACAAUUGGUAUCAAUCAAAAAUUAGGGUCGAGGAUGACCAGUUAGGAGCCCCCUUGGGCUCAGUUCACCCAAAUAGGUUUGCAGCCAAACCCCCGAGGGACACAGACCGGGGAUCAAGAUUCAACAAAGAAAGGUAUCAACCGUACAUUGAAGAUAGAAGGAACAUUUUAAGGCGUAAUGCACCUCGGAAUGAUCGAAGAGUAGAUCGAGGCCAAAGCUCCUGGGGAUUCAUGGGGAAAAGCGGGUCUGACAGGCGCUCAGGACCAGCGGAGGCCCCCAAAUUAUUAGAAUACAACUUCAAUGCCGAUGCCUCAAGUAUCAUCUUGGAAAUUGGCAAAAUUGAAGAUACUAGAUGGCCCAAGCCUAUAUAA